UUUUUUUUUCUUUUUUUAAACUGAUGAAUUUUUCUCUUCUUUCGCGUACUUUUAUUUCUUCUUCUUCUUCUCGUCGGUUUUUUCAUACUACACUUUUCAACAUGGCUCCUAAACAUCAUAAAGUCGCUGUCAUUGGUUCCGGUCCUGCUGGUCAUACUGCUGCCAUUUAUUUAGCUCGUGCCAACUUGAAUCCUAUUCUUUUUGAAGGUAUGAUGGCUAAUAAUGUUGCUCCUGGUGGUCAACUUACUACCACUACCGAUGUUGAAAACUUUCCUGGGUUCCCUGACGGUGUGAUGGGUGGUGAUUUGAUGGAAAAGAUGCGUGCUCAAUCUGAACGAUUUGGUACUGUGAUCGAAACUGAAACUAUUACCAAGCUUGUUACUACUCAACGUCCUUUCCAACUCUGGCGUGAAGGUUCUGAAGGUGAUGCCGAACCUACCGAUACUGCGGAUGCUGUCAUUAUUGCUACUGGUGCAUCUGCCAAACGUAUGCAUUUACCUGGUGAAGACCAAUACUGGCAAAAUGGUAUCUCUGCUUGUGCUGUUUGUGAUGGUGCUGUACCUAUCUUCCGAAAUAAACCUUUGGUUGUCAUUGGUGGUGGUGAUUCUGCUGCUGAAGAAGCUAUUUAUCUUACAAAGUAUGGUUCUCAUGUCAAUGUUCUUGUUCGUCGUGAUGUUCUCCGUGCUUCUAAAGUCAUGGCCAGUCGUCUUCUCAAACACUCCAAGAUUACCGUUCACUUCAACACAUCUCCUGUCAGUGCUCUCGGUGAUGGUAACUUGUUGACUCAUGUUGCUACCAAGAACAAUGUAACUGGUGAAGAAGGCAAGAUCGAAGCUAAUGGAUUAUUCUAUGCUAUUGGUCACGAUCCCGCUACUAGUUUGGUGAAGGAUGUGGUUGAAUUAGAUAGUGAAGGUUAUAUCAAGACUGUACCCGGUUCAUCUAUUACCAACGUAGAAGGUUUGUUUGCUGCUGGUGAUGUACAAGAUAAGCGUUAUCGUCAAGCUGUUACUAGUGCUGGUUCUGGUUGUAUGGCUGCUUUGGAUGCUGAACGUUAUCUUAGUGAAUUGGAAGCUGAACAAGAAGAACUCAAGAACUGAAUACACUCGGGCCCCUCUUCUUCUAACAAUGAAAAACCAAAACUUUAGAUAGAUUACAUUUUUAUAUAUUUUUAUUCUCUCUAUAUAUACAUAUACACUUUUCUUUAACUUUCCCCACUCAAUUAUAUUCAUUCUCAUUUUUAUAUUAUUUCUUUUUGUUUAAUAAAGUCAAGUAACAGAGUCCAAAAGUCAUUUGUUAUUAUA